UUGAUCCGAAUCAAAUUGAUAGCAGAAUUGGUUGAGUGGUGGAGACGAGAGAUGUUGAUCUACCACACUCCUACCCCUCCACACGGUGCCGCCGCCUCCCUCCGUCGCCCGUCCCUCGCUCUUCACUGCCACCUCUCCAACCACCAAACAGCACCUCAAUUUGCAACUCCCCUCACCCUCAUCGAUAAAUCGUCGCUCUCUGUUUCAGCAGCGUGCUCGGAAGCCGAGCUCUUAGCCGCUGCUCGCCUCCGCGUCCGCACCUUCUACGACUUCAACGAACAAACUUUCCGCAUCGAAGAUCAUAAAAGGUACUUGGUUGAAAGUGAGUAUGAAGCACUAUGUGAACGUGUAUCCGGAAAGAGAAAGGGAUUUAGGAAAGUUUCUUGCAUUAAUGCUACAUUGCCCAUCUCAUGGAUGAUCAAUGUCUCCAAAGACUUGUGUGCUGCUUCUAAAUUUUCACAAAAUGGAGAAGACAGAGUUGUUGUUGGGACACUGGAUCUAAAUCAGUGUGUCGGCCUUCCUAAUGAAAUAGUAGGAAUGAAGCCUCAGGGGAUUGGAUCUGAUUUUGCGAGGGCGUAUAUUAGCAACGUAUGCGUGGCUGAAGAGUUGCAUCGGAAUGGGUUGGGCUAUGAAUUGAUUGCAGAGUCUAAGAGGGUUGCGGAAGACUGGGGAAUAAGUGACUUAUACGUUCAUGUGGCUGUGAAUAAUGAGGCAGCUAAAAAUCUCUACUUGAAAAGUGGCUUCACUGUAGAGAGCGAUGAACCAGCAUGGCAAGCUAGGUUCUUGGAUCGCCCCCGAAGGCUUCUUUUGUGGACAGACGGAGGCUUUGCAUCGCUCUCUGGUAUCUUUAUUGAGCUGUCGUGAAGAACGAGUGAUCGGUCCUGUGUCUGAGGCUGCAGAGUUUGAACUGCAAAGUCGCACCAAGCGUGGGAGAGGAAAUCCAUCGUCUCCGGAUGAGCUAGAGAGAGUGUUGGAUUGCAGUCUGAAUCCAUUUUUGCUAAGGCCAUGGAGUUUAGAAGAGGAUACCAAAUUGUAAGAUUGGUUUUUCUUUACACUUGUGGCUUAAUAUACAUCAAAUGGUCCAUAAGCAUC